UUUCAUCCUUCCUUUUUUGAGCAGAGAAUCUCCGCGGAACCCCAUCAACGUGUUUCGGGCGAAACCAUCCCGGGAGUUCGGUACGCUCGUUGACAUAUAGCGACGGCAAGUCGCGACUAGUGGAUCUGAUAAUUCCAUGGCCCUGUCCUUGACACAGAAGUGGCUGCGCGAUAAUGUCCAGCCAUAUUCCGCGCCAGACAGAGUGUACGCUGAUGUCGACGGUGCUCUGAGUCGCUUCCCCAGCCUUCGCCCCAAGUCAGACGUGUACAGCAAGUGUUCCCUGCCCAAACUCGAGAUAUAUAUGAUGAGAGGACAUCUUUAGCCUACGAUGACGGUCGUGUGCAGCUUCUGCUCUGCGUUCACGGGCUCCUGCCGAUAAGCUAUCGCGGCAACGCGUAUCACAUCCCCGUAGCUAUAUGGAUCCAGCGCUCGCAUCCCCAGGAUCCUCCCCUCGCGUACGUCGUACCGACAGCAGACAUGCUUGUGCGACCGGGCCCACACCUUGACCCCAGCGGACGUCUGGGGAUUGAGUACUUGCAGCAAUGGGUGCGCAAGAGCGAGGGAUGUAGCGUCUCGGGAUUGGUCGAGGCCAUGCAGGGUGAAUUCGGACGGUCGCCACCCGUCUAUGCCAAGCCGCACGGACCUCCCGUCCUGCCUCCCAAGCCGAUGCAGACACAGAGCCCAGCCCCCGGCCCGAGUCCUGCGCAGAUUCCAUCGCCGGCACUUGCCGCACCAGCGCAGGCCCCACCUAAUUACCAACUUCCUCCCCGACCACCGCCGCCGCCACCGCCGCCCAACCCAACACCAUAUCAGCCACAACCCUCCUUCGUCCCUCAGCAGUUCGCGCCCCAGCCCCAAUAUCCACCAGCACCACCGCCGCCCGUGGUUGCAUCGCCCCCGAUCCCUAAUCUGCUCGAUGCGGACGAGGCUCCCGCUUUGGGUGUUGGUUCCGCUGCACCCCCAGUUCCCCCGAAUCCCCAGAUUGUGUCCUUGCACAAUGAAGUGCAUGCCAAGCUUUCCUCGUCGCUCGCCUCGCUGUCGACUGCGCUGGCACUGGACGCAGAGCGGCUGCGCGCCCACCAGGGUGCGCUGCUCGCGGGUGAACCUGCCAUCCGGGACGAGAUGGCCCGGCUGGAGGCUGUGCGAGACGUGUGCAAUGGUGUCGUUGGCCGUGUUGGUGCUGUCGUCAGUGGCGCCGAGUCAUGGGUCAACGAUGUGAGAGGCAGAGGCGAACCCAGUGUCGAUGAGUUGGUGUGUGGGGUCAGCAUCGUGGGCAACCAAGUGGUGAACUUGGUCGCCGAGGACAACGCCAUCGAGGACACGAUCUUCCACCUAUCCAAGGCGCUCAACAGCGGCCGCAUCGACCUGGAACGAUUUCUCCGCUCUACCCGUCUGCUUGCCGAGGAGCAGUUUAUGAAACGUGCACUGAUCGAAAAGAUUAAUGCCAAUAUGCCUGUUGGACAACCCGCCGGGUAUUAGGCCUUAGGUGUUGUCGGCUACAUCCGCAUUGUUUUAUGGUCGGAACAGCACAUCCGGAAGAUUGUAUUUCAGGUGUACAUAGAUUCUUACUCGUGACAUGGGAUGUGUGCCUUGUGGCUGCCAUUCACCACCCGAUGCCAUGCCGAGAACAAUGACCCAUCUGGAGACAACAUAUCCUCGAGUAAGAAAUUCCCUAAUCGGGUGGCCUUCUUUCGGACAUCGGGCCCGGUCAGCUGGCGGCAAACACCCCGAUUCUUCCGUUGUCAUCCACACACCGGUCCAGAAAAAAACCAAUGGUACAUGUGACAAGUACAUAGACAAGAUAGAUCCACUCUACUAGACUAG